GAGCGGCGGCCGAAACGCUUCGAAACACAGAGGAGAGAAGUUCGAAGAGGUGUUCCCAGUCACUUUCCACAACAACAAUACUAUAAAAGUCUACAAACCGGCGAGUGAGAGUGAGAGUCCGUUGACUUUACCCGCGAAGGACGAAGUUGUGAUAGAGAACGAGACUGAAACUCCCUGUGAACAGACUAAGCGAACUAUAACAGAAAGCCAACUAAAGGAAUUUAUCAAAAUGUGCGUUUUCGCUGAAGACGUGAGCGAAGUUAAAGUUCCUUGUACUAAAGGUACAAGCAUCUGUGAUGAUAACGUAUAUUAUUGUAGUAAAAGCUUUAAUAAGCAUCUUAUUUAUAAUCUAGUCAAAUCCACAAUGUCUGAAUGUAGUAAAAAUUAUUCUCAGUCCAUUGCUGUAUGUGUAAAUUAUCCAGUUCAUUUAGUACAAAGCAAAGUUCUCAGCGUUUUACAAGACCCAGGAAAUCAGUUUGAGCCGAUUCCUUCCGGUCUGCAGGUAUUCAGAUCCAACACCCUCUUCAGUGUAUCCGACAACUUGUUUUACCAGAACCAAAUCAUGACCGAGAGACGCAUAGAAAACGUAGUGAUAGACGAGCUGAAGAAGGAGGACAAACUAUGGCAAAAUGUAAGCCAAGAAGAGGAAGAGCUAAAAGAGGCUAUAACGACUGAAAUCCUAGACGAUAUCAUUGGUGACACGACUUCUCUUUUCAAGUCUAUAUUAGAAAAGAAAUUAUUAACAUGACCGUGCCUUAAUACUUUAUAAAAUGAAUGAUGUUGCGUCAUUAUUCCUUUCAGUGUUCAACACAUACUGUUAGGGCAUUUACGAAAUAAGAAAGACCAGAUACUGUAACAAUGUGCGAAUAUUGUCUUUGUUAAAGAUAAUCGUCCCUUUAUAACAAUUGCUUAGUAUUACAACCCUAUGCAUGAGUACAAUCAUGAAUUAUUUUCAUAUAUCAUCUGUGACAUUAAUUAUUGUGUAAUGGACUUAACUGUAUCGUGUACCAGUUACUUAUAUAAAACUAUCAUAUCAAAGAAUAAUGUAUGUAUAUAAGACAAUAUAAAAGAUUGAUGGUUGUCGUUUGUAAUUUAUUCAGGUGUAUGAGAAUCUAUUAAUCAGUGGCUUUAAACUGAAUAUUGUCUAUUUAAACAUAUUUAUUGGACAUAGCAUACACGUGUCCAACCUAAGAUGGAAAUCUAUAAGGACUAGUUUUAAACUAAUAUAACUAAUGGUCAAUUAGAGAAAAAAAGAUAAUAAUUCAACACUCGUGGACAAUCUUUAAGAGUGAUUUUUGUAAUAUAAUUUUCAAUAACAAUGCUACUACGUCAGUGUAUCAAAUGUUCAUAACUUUUGGUACAUUUCUAGUCUUUCAGUGAAUUUGUAUCCUAAAACAAUAAAGAAAAAGUUAUUUU